GCGGCGGGCGGUGCCGGGCCGGCCAAGUCGAGCGCCCCGCCCGUCGCGCUCCGGUCCCCGCGCUGUCCCCGCCGGGGCGCGCCGUCCGCGGCUCCGUGCGCGCCAGGACCGCACCGGCGAGGGCGCGCGGCGCGGGCGGCCGCCGGAGAGGAGCUCCGGGAGGCGGAGGUGAUGACGGCGGCGGCAUGGAGUUCCCGGAGCACGGCGGGCGGCUGCUGGGCCGCCUGAGGCAGCAGCGCGAGCUGGGCUUCCUGUGCGACUGCACCGUGCUGGUGGGCGACGCGCGCUUCCCGGCCCACCGCGCCGUGCUGGCCGCGUGCAGCGUCUACUUCCAUCUCUUCUACAGGGACCGGCCCGCGGGCAGCCGCGACACGGUGCGGCUCAACGGCGACAUCGUCACGGCGCCCGCCUUCGGGCGUCUUCUGGACUUCAUGUACCAGGGUCGCCUGGACCUGCGCAGCCUGCCCGUGGAGGACGUCCUGGCCGCCGCCAGCUACCUGCACAUGUAUGACAUCGUCAAGGUCUGCAAGGGCAGGCUCAGGGACAAGGACCGAGAGCUGGACCCAGAGACCCCCGCCCCGGGAGCAGAGCCGCCCGGCCAGCCACCGUGCCCCCUGCCUGCCUGGACCCCUGACGUCUGCCCAGCUGCCCAGGAGGCCAGGCUCCCCCGGGUUGGGGUCAAGGCUGCCCUCCCUCUGCAAGCGUCCGGGCCUCCUUCCUGGCAGGCCCCAGGAGACUCAGACCGGGCCCUGGACCUGUCACUGAAGCCUGGCCCGAGGCAGGAGCAGGGCCACCCACAUUGCAUCCUCCCGACACCCCUCUGUGGCCAGAUGUACCAGAGGGCCCAGCCUUUGGUGAAGGACGAGCAGGAUUCACCAUCUGAACAGGAGGAUGGCAGAGCCUCUAGGAGUCCCCAUAGUCCCCCAAAGCCACCCAGUGUUCCUGCAGCCAAGGGCCUGGCAGUGGGCUUGGAGCCAUUGUCCAUCAGCAGGGCAGGCAGCCAGGAGCCAGAGCUGGACGCAGAGCGGGUGGUGGUCCGGGACGCAGUGAGGCCCGGUGGGCACCUCUGCAUCUGCCCACUGUGCAGCAAGCUGUUCCCCAGUGUCCACGGGCUGCAGCUGCACCUCAGUGCCCACUUCCGCGAGCGGGACUGCUCCCAGGCCCGGCUCUCCCCCGACGGUGCCGUGCCCACAUGCCCGCUCUGCAGGAAGACCUUCUCAUGCACAUACACACUGAAGAGGCAUGAACGGACACACUCGGGGGAGAAGCCCUACACGUGUGUGCAGUGUGGCAAGGGCUUCCAGUACUCCCACAACCUGAGUCGGCACGCCGUGGUGCACACUCGAGAGAAGCCUCAUGCCUGCCGCUGGUGUGAGCGCCGUUUCACGCAGUCGGGGGACCUGUACCGCCACGUCCGCAAGUUCCACUGUGGCCUGGUCAAGUCCCUGCUGGUGUGAUGUGUCCCUGUGGGUCCCCGGAGUGGGGUGCAAGGGAAGGGGCAGGGCUCACCCAGGUGUGACACUGGGACAGAGUGUGUAGCAGGGCCAGGUGGAGGCUCCAAGGCUGGACGUCUCUACCCAAAUGCUGCUGCUUCCUGGAACGUGGGCUCUGACUCAGGUGACUGGGCAGCCUUCCUCCCGCCUUGUCUCCCCCUCCCCCCACCUUCCAACUCACUCCUGCCCCCAGGCUUUGCCCAGCCCAGUCCAUGACACUAUCUCCUCUUACCAUCCCCUCCAGCCAAGUUCUAAGGCACGUCCAGCUGGCACCUGCGCUGAAGCGCAGGCUUCUGGGUGAGAGGCAGCACAUUUGUUUUCCGUCCUGGGACUUCCCUGAUCACCUCUCUGGCACGCUCGGGGGCAUCCUUGUGACCUGAAUGAUUCAUGGGUCAGAAAAGCUGUUGAUGUGUGAGUCCCCAAUGGGACGCUUGGAGGAAACAGGCCACUCCUGGUGGGUGGCAGCAGGAACCCCUGCUGGGAAGGCCCAGGGCACAGCAGGGGCCAUCUGGGUCCAGCUGGUGUCAUAGGUGGGUGCAGCCCCAGGGGGUACUGCAGGGCAGCAGGAGUAGAGCCAGCUGGAAGCUGAGUGGCUCUGGAGUUAUCAUGAUUAGGGUGGGACUGGGUCCUCAAGAACCUGCAAUCCUGACCGCACUGUAACUUUGGGCAGAGAAUGUGAAAAUUUGGAAAUGGAUUCUCCUGAGAUGCAGAAAGAGCCUCCCCAAGGUCCAAGGUUGCCAGAUGUCUGCUGGUGGGCAACGGUCUGGGCCUCUUCUCUGCCCAAGCUACAGGUCCAGGGUACCUCUGAGUGUCCCCAGGUUGGUGGCAGGGGAGGGGGAGCUGGGAACAGUAGCCCCCACCUUGAGACUAACUCUGUGUGUCCCAGGCUGCUGCUGGGCUAUGGUGGACCUGACCCUGAAGGUCACUUGCUUGCCUGCUACGGGUCUCCCCAGAGCUGUGGAUGUUUCCAGAGCACUGAGCAGGGGGCCAGAGGCUGCCCUGUUUACCAGGAGCCAUGUCUGCAGGGCUUCCCUUCCCCACGUGGUGAUAGCAGCCAUGGAAUGAGGAAGGGAGGCGGGUGGCCGAGGGGCCAGACCGGCAGCAUCCCCCCUUUGUGCUCAGCCUGGGGAAGCUGAUGCCCCUAGAAUGUGAAUGGUGAAUGACCGUGACCUCCGCAUUUGUGGAUGGUUUGGGUCAUCCUGCUUCACCCGCCUACUCACCAGGCAAAUCUUGCUGCCAGAAGCUCGCUGGUUGCAGCAAGGGGGUUUUGCUGAGGGUGUGGUCCCAGCUUCUGGGAGUCCCACAGGUGGCACACACCUGGUUUUCCCCAGAGCACCUGGGCUAUUUCUGCUGUGAUUGAAAGUGGCACUGAGUACAGAGUCUAACCAAGUCUAAGUUAUUUUCCCGUCUCCUGACAACACUUGAUGUAUUUAUUUGUCUACCUGGCCUAGAAUGAAUGACUUUUGGUCUUCGUAGUGUGUGACAGACCCAUCCCCUGCUCACCCCAGGCUCUCCUGGCAUGUCUGUAGCAUUCUAGAGAGCUGGGGGCAGGGGGCCCUGCUCCUGAUUCUCCUGGCCCCAACCCCCACCCCCGGAAGGGCUGAUGGGACUUUGUGCUCAGUGUCAAGUGCUCCAUAAUGGGUGAUUCUUAUGCCUGUGUGUGUGUGCAUGCAUGUGUAUCUGGCACAUGGCAGGGCCCAAGCUGAGCCGGCAGCCCAGCAGAACAGCCGCCCCACUGCCACCACCCAAGCAGGGAGAUGUGGCCAUGGCACUGGUUUUCCCCAAGUGGUUUCCUGGAGAAGAACUUUCCUGGGGUGGGGAAGCCUGCCCUGGGUUGUCAACACUGGACUCAUUGUCUUCUGCACACAGUUACUGUGAAGUUAACGUGAAGAGACGUGGUCAAUUUUAAUUUUAUAACGACACUGUUCAGAUGAAAUAUAUAUCCAUAUAUGUAUUUAAGACACUAAUUGUGUGGGAUUGUGUAGUAGUGGCAUGUGUAGACGGGUUUCGGAUGGAGCUUGCUGGGUGGGGUCCUUUGGGCCAGCCCAGCCACCUGCGGCUCCAGAGUGACCCAGAGGACAGUUGUUGGUACUUAGCAUUUGGCCAGAGGUUUUGUUUGCAAGGACCCCCCCACCCCCACCCCAUCGUCAGCCUGUGACAGUCGUCCUUGGAAAUGAGUGCUGUCUCCCCAUCUCACAUCACGAUGGCAGUGUUAAUAAAGCCCACCCCAGGUGGA